GCCGUUUGGAAGAGCGUGCAUUGGAUCUUCGCUUCGUCGUCGUGGAUGGGUGCAGGGCAUAGCAAGGAGGUGGUCGUGGACAAGGCUGGCACAUCCUCGUCUUUAAUGCCAUGUGGACGGGGUGUGUCGCCGCUGCCAUCAUCCGCUCGUCGCCUGGACGUGCGAUGGGGUCGCAUCGCAAUGGAGCAGCUCUUCGACGAUGCGUUCCUGUCAAAGCAAGCACGACGGACAGGUUUUCUCACGUCAUACCCGGCCACGUCGGCAGCUUCUCAACGCCGUCUACUUCUUCAAACGUCUGACUUUCAAGACCCGUUGCGACCAUCCACCGCCACACAGGGGCCAUUAAUACCAGGCUCUAGUGACGACGACAGCGACGAAGACGCGUCCUUGCUGGCAGAAACCAUCAUGGCGCUGGUUGACCAUGACUCGCCGAGUUUGGCGAGGUACUCCAUCACUCGCCUCCGGGACUCAUUGGUGCGUCAUUGUGAAGUGGUCGACCCGUUUGCAAACAAAGUCAACCUGCAACUCUUCAUCUUGAGCGGUAUGCACGACGCCAUGAUCGCCCGACGUAGUUUGCCAGCGAGUUGUGCAGCAACGGCCACACAAACAGGCGACAAAGCGGCCCCGUCGUCGCCGUCAUCGCACGAAGCCUCGUUGGGCGUCCACGUAUUCCUUCACCUCAUUCACGCCAUGUUGGCGACACCUGACGCCGACAAAGCCGACGUUCGCCAAGAAUUCCUCAUGGACCUUGUGCCGCUUCUACAGCAACUUGCUCCGCUAUCGCUGACCCCCACAACUUUGAUUUCACCCCAAAGUGCUGCCAAAGGUACACAACCCACGCCCCCCGACGUGGUCGACACGUUGCAACAAUUUCUACUCGACGCCUGUGUCAGCAACGACGACAGCAACGGGGGGGGGGACAUCGCCAUGAACGCGCUGCUUCGUCUGGCUGUAGCUCGUGGCGCAGUGAGCGCUUUGCUGCAAGCCGUCCAAGUGUUGCUUGGGGCACCCACGACGAGUACUAUCAACGGUCCAGACACUUGCUUGGACACGACAGACAGCAGCGACGCCGUCGUGAAACCGUCUGCCCCUCGACAUUACGUGGCAAAGCCACCAUCGUCCGUUGCUGCUGCGGGGAUUGUCAAGCCAACACCUGGCUCGGUGCUCUUAAACCGAGGGGAUUCCGGCGAAGACGUGGUCGUGGUCUUGAAAAAGAAGCCCAAACCUCCCCCUUCAUCGGUCACUGCAGCGACUUCGACGCCCUCGUCCCCCCCCCCUCUCCAUCAUCCUUCUCUUGUCCACCCGUUCGCGCCCAACAAGAACAACUGCGACAGCCCCAAGGCGUCCAUCCCCCCGCGGCACCCCUCGACGACAUCGCGCCUUUUUGCCGCUGUGGACAUUCGUCCAGUGGUCGCGGCGCUCUCAACCAUCGUCCCGGACGUAGUAUCAUGCCGUGGCAAACACGAUAGGAAUCAUACCGUAGCUGGUAAUCACGACAAUGGCAACGACGACGACGACGACGAUGCCGACGAAGAUGAACGAGAAGUGUGGAGUUGUGGCCAGAAUUCGUACGGAGAGCUGUCUCAUGGGGACACGGCCCCCCGGAAAUCAUUUGAUCGGGUAGAAGCACUCCAAGGCAAGGGGAUUGUACACGUUUGCGCCGGCAACGAACACACGAUCGCCGUCUCCGCCGAUGGCUCUGUGUACACGUGCGGGUAUAACGACAACGGCCAGUGUGGCCACGGAGUGACCACCCGCCUGCCAGCCAUGACGGAGCUGACCAAGUGGCCAGACGCGUCAUUUGAACGGAAUGUGAGCCAAAUACAUGCGUACAACGGGUGCGAGCACACUGUCGUGGUGGCCCACGAUGGCAGCGUGGCUAGCUUUGGCUACAAUUACAGAGGCCAGUUGGGGCACGGCACAACUACCAGUGAGAGUUUGCCCAAGCGGAUUCGGGGUCUCGAUGCCCGCCGAGUUACGCUAGUGUCGUGCAGCUACUACCACACCAUGUUGAGCUGUGCUGCGACGAUGUCCAGUGGCGGCUCUGUCGCAGACGUGUACUCGUUUGGCCGCAACGACUAUGGCCAGCUCGGACUCAACGAUACGCUGGAUCGACGGGUGCCCACUCUGGUGGACGCUCUCUCCAACAUCCCUCUACUUGCGUUGGCGUGUGGACAGUAUCACAGCGCCGUGGCCACGGCCGACAACAAAGUGCUUGUGUGUGGGAAGAACGAUUAUGGGCAAUUGGGCCUCGACGGACUGGAAAACCAGCUGGUGCCGGUAGCCAUAGGCUCGGGCAGGUUGGACAACGAAACGGUGGUGGACGUUCGAUGUGGAUAUUACCACACGAUCGUGCUGUGUCGACGGGGAAGGGUGUUUGGCUUUGGGCGGAACGAUUAUGGCCAGCUAGGCAUAGGCGACGCCGGCGUGCAUGUGAACCAGCGCAUUGCCACCCCUACGUUGCUAACCGAUCUCGAAGGCAAGGAAGUGGUGCGGAUCGCAUGUGGAUGCUACCACACGGUGGCUGUGGCCGAGAGCGGUAUGUUGUACGUGUUUGGGCGGAAUAACCACGGACAACUGGGGACCGGGGACACGACGGAGCGACUGAUUCCGUGCGCCGUCGAUACGUUUGUGGGCAAACGGGUAGCCGUGGUCGCGGCAGGGUUUUACCACACGGUCAUCUUGACUGGAGGCAAAGAUAUAGAGGACGAGGGGACUUGUGUGCCGGAGCUGUUACCGUCACACUCCGAUGCAAUCGUGGCCGACACGGCGAGUACUUGCUGUGAGGACGACUAUGUAUGGACGUCGUCGCAGGCCAUGCUGGACGAGCUCGCAAAGAACAAGAGUCGGGGCAUGCAAAGGAAGAGCUUAUCGUUGGACCCGACUGUCGACGACGAAGACGACGACUGCGGCGACCUUCCCCCAAUGUCUCCAUCUUCUACGUCCUUGGCGGUGCUACAAUUAACCAGCCAAGUCGAUGCCGCCGUGUGUGUAUUAGCUCACUUGGAUCGCCUCUGCCAGCCGUAUAUUCCUAGGAAAGGGAGCUAUCCCGCGUUAAGACAAGACAAGUCCAAAAAGAUCAGGGACCCCCACGCAAUGACCAGGGGGGGGUACCACCCAUACUGUGUAGACAUGCAAGCAGCCACGUUUGACGCGCUCAACUACAUCCUCCAACACUUUAUUAGUCCUCCUAUUAUAUCGUCAUCGCCAUCGUCUCCUCCUUCUACUGCUGCUGCGAACGCCCUCCAUGACAGCCACGUGUAUGUAGUACUGGCGGCGCUUCGACUUGUACAAGCCAACCUGGCUCAGCUGCUCAAAAGCGGCGCUGGCGCUAGAAUCGCAGUAAGUGACACGGGGUCGACGUCGUCCCCACAUCCCCUCGACGCCCCCCUGAAACGACUGCAUGGGGUGUUGGUGCAGUGGAUCAAUGAACCGUCGUGGCUUACUCAAACAGACAACCAGAACUCCGUGCGGAAGGCCAUUGAGCGCGAAGCCAUGGAGGCCAUGUUGUUGGGUCUGGAGCUGUUUUAUCCGUGUCCGUCGAGCCAAAUCCACCUGGUUGUGUCCAUGUUAAAAGUAGUCGAAUCGGCCCCGUCGGUAGUUCCGUGCCCCUCUUGCCACACCCAUGACGUGGCAGUCCCCAAGCCCCGUAAAACACUCGUUGAACCCAUCCUCCGACGGAUGGCCGACGAUGCGUUGCUGGGGCAGUUGUUUAAAAACUUGCCAAGCAAUAACAACGCGAUCAAGCGUUUGCUGUCGAUGCUGCUCGAACGAGUCGCGGGGACGACCGACGAUUGGCUGGUCCUCAAAGGGGGGCCCCUCCCCCCCUCGACCAAUGACGGACUGCGGCCGUACGUUGUGUUGCUGAAUGCCAUGCAAAAGCAACUGGCGAGCUGGGCAGGGGACACGCAGCACCCCCGUAUGUCCCCAGACGACCCAGGUCUGUAUGACGUGGCAGCCCCACAAGUCGACCUGCCACUGUCGUGGCGGUGGUUUCUUGAAUAUGCGACGAUGGUAUUUCAACACGCAACCGACAACCUCCACGCGACCGCCCCGCUCCCAACGGACGCCAUGCGCUUGGACGAACGACUGGCUGCCCUGGAGACGUCUGUUGUGGGGUCGAUCGUGCCGUCGGUGGUCACCACGCUGCUGCUGUUUGCCCACUUGGUCCCGUUUGCAAGCAAGUUGCUGCCAAGUGUGACGCAAGUGUUGCGCCUCGUUGAUGGUCUCAACUCGUACAUUCCAGCGGCGAUCCAGGCCAACUUGGAUCUGCUUGGAAUCAACACCACGGCGGCGGCAGACCCUGCGAUGCCGUGGUGUGUGACACUGGAACGACUUCUCGUCCAACUUGCCGCCGACAUGGCAGCCACGCUGGUCCUAGGCGAACCAUUGCACGAGUACCCGGCUGUAUUGCCGUCAUCAUCCACCACAACAGUGCUGUUCAAGUGGCGCCAUCUCCUGCGAGGGGGACUCGAACCAAGCACCCUCACGCCUUGCCGGAUCGUGCCCCACGAUUGUUCAGUCGAGGGGUCGGGUCGUCUCCCCCUUCCACCUAACGCCACUGUAUCCCAUAUAUUGAUGGACGCAGAAUUUGUCGCCUUGUGUGACUGGGUGCGCUCAACGCAUGCCGCCCGCGACGCCUCGUACCGAUUUGUGCUGAAAACGUCGCGCCGAGCCUUUGACGAGAUCGAACAUGCAGUGUACAGAGUGCUCAUCAAGCACUCCAACUGCGACAGAGAUGCGGCGCUGUGGUCGGCGACGGCUAUAACCACCACAGCCGCCGCCACCACACGACACGCCCCCCCACAUGUAUUGGCCGCGCCGUGGGGGUUGGUGGCGGAAUGCACCCGGACGUUGUCGCAGUUAAAAAACUCGUGGCAGAAUCAACAAGGUGAUGACAGCAGCAGUGUCACAUCCGGGGUAGAUCGCACGUCGUUGUUUCGGCAACACGUGCUGCGACGAUGCGCGUUUUUGCUGGACAUCGUUGUGGUCCCGUCUACAAACCGAUCGACUGGUGGCAACAACGAAGCCGACGACGAGUUUACUGGCGUGGCAGUGCCGUCCGACCCGCUGCCCCCGCCAUCACAUACGUCCAAGCAGCGUCAAGAGAACUCGCUCCAUGUACAUAAGCCACCCCCCGAGACUUCUCCGUUUCUCGCUCGCUUUCCACACUCGAAAUGGAAACGUGUGCGCAUGCUCGUGCACAUCACAGUGCGGUGGCGGCGACUUCUCACUCAGCACGACGGAACGCUGUCGCAUCAUCACCUGCUCCGACAGAUCGUGACAUUUGUGCUAGAUACGGACGUGAACAAUGUCGCAGACGUCGACGACCUCCGGCGGGAACUCGUCCGACGGUGUCGCCGCGCGAGCUCUCGGGCGCGGGGUCUGCACACGUUUGGAGACCUCAUGACGUUUACACCGCACAUGUCUUCAAUGCACACGCCAGUCCUGAACCGACUGGGGCGAGUGUUGAGGAUCGGAUUGGGGGGACGACUAUUGACCGGGUUGGACGGCGUCGGCGGUUUCUACGGCGGCCGCGUGCUCGCUGCAUGUGCCUCGGUGUUUUCGACCGUGGCCUCCAUGGUAGCCACGACCCAUGGCGGGCCUCGGAUGCUGGCGGCUUUGCAGUGCUGGGGCUUUGUGAUCGAGCCAGACAUGUACGCUUUCAUCGACGACGUGGAUAUUGCGGCGGUGCUGCAGCAACUGUCGAUCAAGGAUGGAGAUGACGUGGCAGUGCGAGGGGCGACGUGGGCGGCGUUCCGAUACGUCGUGGCCAGCGGAAGCGCUCAGCACACGAGUCCUGAGGAUCGCAUGACGCUCUUGAUCCCCCGCGAGCCCCGGUGGCGCCACGUCAUGGACGCGUUGUACGCUGCGUUAUCCUGGAGCGCCAACGCCAUUAUCCAUGAAAACAAUGGACCUCGGCCAAAUACAGACAAUGGCGCUACUACUUCGUCCGUGGUACUGGGCACUACGCGAUCGUUUGCAGCGUCAGAUCAGAGCUCGUCUGUCACUGUAUCGCUGGCGUCGACGUUUACAGUGCGGUUCUGGCUAUAUGUGACAAAGGCGCCGGAUGCAGGGACGCGCUGCAUGGUCAUGAGUGUGAGCAGUCAUGCAAAGGAGUGGGUUCCGUACUGCAGCCUUGGCGAAGGCGCAAGUAGUACUAGUACUACCCGAAGCACGGACGUGGUGUUGGAAGUCGGGUUGCGGCAACAUUCGUUUCAGGAAAGUCUCCAACACGUCGUGGUGUGCCACCAGUGGCUAAACAUUGCCCUGGUAUACGAUGCGGCCACCCUCCACUUGUUUGUGCACGGCGAGAUCGUGUGCGCCAAAGCUAUCUCGUCGCUGCACCUUGUGGGGGCUUCGACCCCUGCCAAGCUGACUAUGGGCAAGCCCCCAGUCCAACUGGACACGACCUGGCCGUUCACUGGCUUUGACGGGUGGCUCGCUCAAGUGCAUGUGGAUGAAAACGCGCGGAGUCCGAUGGACGUGGCUGCCGACGCCGCCCUCGGUCCCCCUAACGCCUUGAUGGACCGAUGUUGCUACCAGCUCGGGAUUGUGAGCCUGCUUCUUGCGCAUUCUAGCGAGGGGAUCGCCGAGCUGACUUCGUCCAAGUGGCUUGCGCUGUGCUUUUCGCUGGUCGACACCACGUCGUUUCGCAUUCAACAGCUCACCCUUCGUCUUCUCAAGCGGCUGCUUCCAUAUGUAGACCCGAGUAGCAUACCUCAUCUAUUUAAGGGGACCCAAAGGGCCAACAUGCCGCUGAUUCCGUACUGGAUGCAAUGCAUCGGGCAUGCGGUGCUCGCGUCGACGGACCCUUCCCACCAAAAAAUACACCUCGCCUUGGAACUUAGCCACGUCGUGAUGCACUUAGCUAGCGUUCCAAAGUGGACAGUGUCGGUCCAAGCUGCCCUGGAGAGCGGACUCGACGCAGCAAUCACUUGCCAACGUACUUCUGGAGCCACAACUACUGACGUGGCGACUGCGGUGGGCAGCUUAUUCGUCCUCGGCGGCGGUAUCGAACCGCUGCGUGUGGGCGCGGUCGUUGAAUUGAGCCAAGGCAAGGAGGUAGGUACAGUCGUCUCGUAUCAUGCGCCGUUUGCACAGCUGGUGCUGCACAAGGCAGACAAGGCGGCGGCGGCGGCGUGCCCGUCGUACGAGGAGUGGGUCGAGGUUGUGCAUGGAAGCGCCGCCGACAAAAACGAGUUCGGCAAGCCCGUUCGAGUCAACACGGACGAGCUGGUCGUGUCGUGGCGCGAGUACCCGCCAGUGCCGGCAUUGUCGUGGUCGUUGUUGGUAGCCACGACGAUGGCGCUGCUGCAAAACUACGGGUCAAAUGACGACGGGAAUAGUGAUUCGUCCAGGAUGUCCUGGUUGUCGUCGUCGGCUGCCACGACGACGGCGUUGAUCGUCCAAAGCAGCGCGUUGAAAGCCCUGGUCCACGGCCUUCGAAGCGCCGCCAAUUUGUCAAACGAACGGAUGACGUGGCAGCACCCGGAGCUGUUGCCGCGACUGUUGGCGCUCGCGACUCAAUCGGACAAGUCGACCGUGUAUUGUUCAGUGGCAGACAUGGAAUUGAAGGUGGCCAUGGUGCGCCAACGGUUGUCGGAUGCGUCCAUCGAUAGGAGCGGCGACAACGCCGACGACUUGGGGGGAAUUCCAGCGACUCCCCACUUUAAACCCGGCGACGAGCCAAGCAGUCACUUGAAAGUAGCAGCAGCAGCAUUCUUGCGGCAAGACGCGCUGCCGCCGAGCGACAUUGGGGACGACUGCCAAGGACAAGAUUAUGAUGGUGACAAUGGGGAUGACGACGACGAAGAUGGCGGUGACGACGACGAUGACGACGAUGACGACGAAGAAGAAGAAGCAAGGUCCGAGUUUGUGGAAGAGCUGAGUCUGAUGGGGUUCCCAGAAGACUGGUGUGUCCUGGCCCUGAAACAAACAGACAACGACAUGUUGAGUGCAUCGGCGUGGAUUGUGGACAAUUUGGAGUACUUGAACACGUUGCAGGCGGCCAAGGACAAGGAGGACAAUUCGAAACAAAUAGUGUUCAACGAUGAAGAGGACGACGACGACGACGUGGGGUACCAUGCGACACCGUCAUCGCCGCCGCCGCCAUCGUCUUCGUCGUCGUCGGCAGUCGAGUCGUCGUCUUCUUGUUGUGCAGCGUUUUGUCGUGACAUACCAGAUCGUAUCGUGCCGUGCCUUACGAUUGUAGACGCAGCAGACAUCAAGGAAACGGGGCGCAAAGUGUUUGGGGAAAUGUACUUUCCAUUCGAAGAAGGGGGGUUCCUCUCCAACAUGCCAUCGCUGUUUCUGUCCCUUCGCCUCGGCAAUCAACCAACCCCGCCGGGGUGCACAUCAACAACAACAACUUGCCCCCCUCCUUCCGCUUCGUUAUCGUCGUCGGCCGAUAAUUUGCAACAGUUUGCCGCGGAAUUGGCCAAUACGACGGACCUACGUGCGUUGGCUACGUCCGUAGAACAGUCGCUGCAGAUCAAGUACGCUCGGCAAGGCCUGGCGCUGUACUUUGCCGGGAUGCACCAUCAAGCGAACAAGCUGGACGAAACCACCGAGAGGUUGUUGCUACAGUAUGCGAAAGCGGUACUGUUCAGAGGACCUCCCGCCAGCGAGGACAUGACGACGCCCCUGGAGGUGGUACUGGCGUCCGUCGUGGACGCAGCGCUCACGGACAACAUUGGUCGCAUGGGGGGACUGGUGUGGGCUACCAUAGUGUCGGAACUGCGACAAGGUUGCGCUCCAAAGUACGAAGGCGUGCUGUGGACCCAGCGAGAUGUGUCGACGGGGGACUUGUCCGCGCUGUCGGAUCCGUCUGUCGAGUUUGUCGUGUGGUUGGUCCAAACGUUCUUUGCCAAACCAGAUCGACUGCGCACGUAUCUGGCCAGUACUACUAGUAGUACUAGUAGUUUGGCCAAAGCGGCGGCGUCGUCAUCGGUGGCCUUGUUGAUCCGCCCACUUGUGCCUUGCUUAGGACACUCGAACGUGGCGUUGAAACUCGUGGUAGUGGACGCAGUCACUAGACUACUCAGGCACUCCGACCCCCCCUCCCUACCCCCACCCACGCCACUACUCCUCGUCAGUCAUCCCGAUUGUCCAUUAGCCACUCAAAACGAACAAUCGGAUAAGGACUUUGCUGGGCUGGACCGCAACUUGCUGCUUGUAAUCGCGCGGCGACGGCAACUUCGUGAAAGGUCCCAGAAUCGGUUUUACUAUUCACCGUACUUGCAAGGUCUGUUGGAAUUGAUCCGUGCGUUGCCGCCACCCCCCCUCCAGGACGAGACUCCCACUGGGCCGUCGUGGGGACUUCAGCUCGUGCGGGCGUCCGAGACGUCUCUCACCCUGGCCUGGCCAAGCCCCGUUGUCCAUUCCGACCAAUCACGUCCCGUAUACGUCCUCGAAGAAAACGUCCCGAACGGGGGGGGCUCAUCCCCCCGCGUCGUCUACAGUGGCGUCGGCCACCAGAUCACCUUGUCCAAUCUCAUGCCCCGCACAACAUUCACAUACACCCUUCGAGGGGGCGAGGCUGGUGAGGCGCAUGCUGGUGCUUCUGACGGCGGCGGUAGUGUUGAUAUGAAAUAUAAGACGUCGGCGUCAUUCACGACAAAAGCUGACCCCACGUCCGACUAUGUACGUACGAGUCCGUUUGUGUGGGACAAGAAGAAGUGCCGCAGCGGGUCCCUUGUGUUUUCUGACGACGGGCUCAGCGUCAGCUUCAACGGCAACGAGGCGUGGAGGAUGGUACUGGGGACCGAGUGCUUUGUCGUGGGGCGGCAUGCAUGGCAAGUUAAAGUGGACAAGUCAACCAGCGCCUACUUGUUUGUGGGGGUAGCAUCCCGCCGCGCGAACCUCGAGUCGUUUCUAGGGGCGGACGAGCACAGCUGGGGGUUCAUCGGGGACGGAGCAUUGUAUUACCAGCGCAAUCGGGUGAAAACGUACGGCGAGCCGUUCGGGGAAGGGGAUGUGCUGGGGAUGGACUUGGAUUGCGACCUCGGCACGCUGAGCUACUCCAAGAACGGCGUGUCACUCGGUGUAGCGUUCGACAACGUUGUGGGGGAGCUGUAUCCUGCGAUAGCGUUUUACACGCGGCACCAAAAGCUAUCGUUGGUCCCGUCCGGGUUCAACUGCAAAGUGGGGCUUAAGCUGCACGGAUCGCCCACGGAAUCAACUGUGGACGAGUAUUUGGACUGUUGCGCUGUGAUGGAGGCCAUGACGCAGUCUACAAAGCUGCCGCGACGGCUCCUCCAAGCCGCAUACGACGGGUAUGUGACGUGGUGGCGGGAAACCCGCUGUCGGGUGAUGACCCGCGCCGGGUACGAGCUGCUCUUUGACGUGUCGGACGGGGCAUGCGUACCCGUGGGGUUCAAAGCCAAAGACAAAGUAAAGACCCCGCGAGGCAACGGCACGGUCGUGGGGGUCGCGGACGGACGGCUGUGGGUGGAAACGGAUGGCGAAACCGGCGCCGUCUGGUUCUUCCAUCCGUCCAAGGUCCGGCUACGGGGAGGUGCUACAUCCCCCGUGGCACCCCCCGCCGCCCCCGCGGACCCGUCGGAUCCGUCGCUGUCCCUCGAAGCAUUUACCCGCCUCGUCGACUGCGACCAAUGGACGUUGGCGCAGGACGCAAAACUCAUCCAGUUGCUCAAUGUCGAAUGCGCGACUUCUCGCGCGAGUCCGUGGAAUAUUGGUCAUGCCAAGGUGCGCGAACUGGUCGCGUCGGCGCCACAUGUCGAAGCCGCCGUCGGCCGCUUCGGCGUGCUCAAGAUGUUGAACCACCUCGUGAGCCGCAGUAUGCCCUUCUUUGACCUGACGUGGCACUACUUUAACCCGAAACGAAGCCCCGGCGGCGGCAGCGCGCUCUUGUCGGCCACGAGGGCGUGUCUGUUUACGUCGUUCAAGCACAGCGUUCUCGACACGUUGCUAGAAAAGACGCUGACCCAUCCAAAGAAAGCCGAGGACGACUACGAUUACCCUGAAGAUUUGCCCCAAGUUACAGUGAAUCGACCGAAAGCAGCGGUUGCCCGAUUUAAGCUCGAGCUGGACACAGUCGUGAGCCAAAGUUUGUUUGGCCAAGCGUUUGACGAAUUGCAUUUUCUCGACAACAAAGUACUUCGAAUGGUGUAUUCGCAUCCUAUGGACGAUGGUCAAUUACGAGCGUUCAAAGUAAAGUUUGAAGGCGAAGGCGCCGACGACUAUGGUGGUCCGUACCGGGAGUUUUUCGCCCAAUUCGUGUCCGAGUUGCAAUCCCUGAAACCAGAUGCCGUCGAGUGCACAUUGCCGUUUCUAAUGCCAAGUCCCAACUGGCGCAAUGGCCUUGGAUCGCAUCGUGAAAAGUUUGUGUUGAACCCUACUUUGUUGUCGGCCACUUCAAAGUGGAACAAGGGGGCGAGUCACCAUCCCGUCGACAACACGGCUUUAUUUCACGAAAUGUAUCACUUUCUCGGCCAAAUGCUUGGGAUUCUGCUGCGUACUCGCGUACUGGUACGGUUGGAUCUAUGUACCGCCAUUUGGAAGCAAUUGGUGGGGGUACCUCUGGACUCGUCAGAUCUCGCCGAGGUGGAUACCGCCGCGCACACACUACUCCAGCAACUCGAGCACCUCGACGCCGCCGACACUACGCUACACGACCUCGAUUUGACCUUCACUACCCACUUGUCCGACGGAACGUUGGUCGCACUCAAGCCAGGCGGCCACGUCAUCAAAGUUACCCAGGCCAACGUCCGCGAGUACAUUGACUUGGUCCGGAUCACCCGCCUACAAGAGAGCGCGUCCGCCAUCGAAGCCAUCCGGCAAGGCUUGUGCACGAUCGUACCCGCGAAUGCCGUCGCCCUCUUCACCCCCGCGGAGCUCGAGACUCGCAUGUGCGGCCGCGCCCAAGUCGACGUCCCCCUCCUCCAAGCCAACACCGAAUAUGACGAAGAUUUGAGCGCGGAUGAUCCGUAUGUGAUGCGGUUUUGGCGGGUACUCGUCGACAUGACCGACGACGACCGAUGCGCGUUCGUCCGGUUCGUGUCGGCGCGGUCCCGGCUCCCCCAAGAUCAGCUCUCGUUUGGCCAAAAGUUCAAGAUUCAGUCUGCGUCCGGCGAAGGCAUGACCCACAACCCCGACGACUCGCUGCCCAAGUCGCACACGUGCUUUUUUGCGCUCCUCCUCCCGAAGUACUCGACCGACGACGUGUGCCGCAAGCAAUUUCUGUACGCCAUCCACAAUUGCUUGGAAAUGGAUGGCGACUUCCGCCUCGCGGACACGGAAAUGACAGGAUGGAGCGAUAUUCAUCCCAGCGACGCGCUUAGUAUUUAACUGUUAACAAUAGCAUGACGAGAUGUGAUACGUAGUAUAAAGGAGCAAAGUAGGGGGUUUGUUUGGGGGAGUGUUACCCCGGU